UUAUUUGAAACGCGGCGGGCCCCGCACUACCGGCGAAAAGUGAAAACAGUGCAACUAAGUAGGUACAUUUGAUUUUGUUUCGUAUCAUAUAAAUUUAGUUCUGUUUUUGCAGUGGGUGUGUCGGCACGGUGAUUUUGUUCGUUCAGUUUCAGUGUUUAUAAAAGCGAAAUAUUGUGCUAUUUAAAAAGCAAUAUACAAAUAAGUCUGACAAAUUAUAGAAUGUGAUUUGGUCCUCAUUUGCAAGUAAACCAACUAAGUAUGGAUGUUUUUAGAAGAUUAUUUAACAUCAAUCGAGGAUUACCUAGAUGUGGACAUGAUCGCAUCUCGCUGCUAUCUUUCGCCUCAGUGGCGAUGGCGCCCCAACGCGAUGCCCACUCGCAGAACAUCACCAAGAAUAUGACCUACAUCAGCAAUGAGCGGCUUAAACUUGCUGUAGACCCUCACACUAUGAAGUUAGACAAAGAUAUAGCACGGCCACUAUGCAUAAUAAUGAAUUGGAUGUUGCAACGUCCAUCCCACGUGAUGAAGUACGCCACUCUCUACCUGGAGCAGGGCUUCGACGUGAUCUCCGUGUCCUGCACGCCCUGGCAACUCAUGUGGCCGCAGAAGGGAUCACAGGUGGUAGGUGCAAACCUAAUGAAGUUUAUGCAAGCGAACAGCCACAGUCCUCUAGUGGUGCACGGGUUCUCCGUUGGAGCUUACGUCUGGUCUGAAGGACUGGUGUUUGCAAUGAAGGACAAGCACACUUACCAGCCGAUGCUGGACCGCGUGGUGGCCCAGACGUGGGACUCCGCCGCCGACAUCACCGAAAUCCCCGUGGGAUUCCCCGCAGCCGUGUUCCCUAAUAAUAAGUUCUUGCAGAACACUUUUAGGGCUUAUAUUCGAUACCACAUGAAGACAUUCUACAAAACCGCGACGCGCCAUUACGAACUAGGGUCGCAGACCUUCCACCAGCCGCCGUGUGGGGCUCCGGCGCUGUUCCUCCUGUCUCGCACCGACCCCGUGGGCACCGAGCGGAGUAACCAGGAUGUUUGUGACUGCUGGGUGCGGAUGGGGAUCAAGUGUACUUGGCAAUGCUGGGACAAAUCUCCACACGUCCAACACUACAUCCACCAUCCGAAGGAAUACCUCGCUUCUUUAUAUGCACACCUGGACAAAUACGGACUGAUCUCACAGCCGAACAAGAUGAGGGAACGGCUAUCUAAAUGUUAAAAGGAUUUAUGUUUAAAACCACUAUUCUAUUAACCCGAAAGUUUAUCAGAAACUAUUAGGGCCUGUUUCAUCACUUUCUAAAAUAUCAACUAAAAAAAUAUAUUAACUGCUAGAUAAACUGAAGGAUUUUGCCAGUUAGUAAUAUCCAACACUUAUGAUACACAAUUUGAUAUCUUACGUACAUAUAGGCUAAGUGGGCCCUCAGACCACACGCACAUGCUGUCAGAAGCUUCAUAAGCAAGCGGCCCUUAUAGUUUUCCAUGAUAUUAGGCAAUAGAAUACUUGGCAAUAAUUUUAUCAAGUAAGAAAUAGUAAGUAAAAAUGUUAAUCCCAGACGAAUUCGUUUCGUUAUGUAUAAAUGUGUACACGUUUUCUUUCGUGUUUUACAAUAUUACACACAUUUUGUUUUGCAUUGCAUUCAGGGUGGCAAUGAAACCAAAGUUAGAAUAGUCUAAAAAUAUGUGUAGACUAAAAGGCUAAAAUAUAAACAUAUUAUGGUGAAGCAAGUGCUCACGUAUGCUAAGUUUAGUACUCCUCCAUUGUUUACGGGGAAAAUAAAACAUUACGGGGGAAAAUCGCCUCGCGUGUUUUUGAGUUCGUGUGGUACAACACACUUGGCACAUUUUCGCUAAUCCAUAUUUCAUACAUGCCUGUUAAUAACAUUAUAUAUACGUACUACGUUUGUACAAAGUGCAUAAUUGUAUUUUUGAGUAGUUAAGUUAAGUAAUACACACACUUGAUGUUUGUUAUAUUUUUGUACUUAUUUCACUGAAUAGAAAAAUCCUUCUAAAAUC